UCCAUUACAGACGCCGACGAAGAGCAAAGAGCGCAGCUGGCAAACUGAGAGAGCAAAAGCUGUGAGCACAGCGCAAUGCACAAGAGAAAGAAACGCUAGAGAGUGAACAAUUUGCGAGAGAGCGACAAAGCGAAAGAGAGUGAGAGUGAGUGAGAGAGUGAGAAAGAUGGUGCUCAAUUUGCUGUUCAUAACGACGGUGAUCAAGUCCACGUUCGGCGUUGUGACCACCGGACUUUGGCUGAUUCCACUGAUGCUGGCGGCGAUCACUUAUUAUCGCUACGAUGCAGUCGAUCCGGAGUCGCGGCCACUGGAUCAGCUGAACCUGUGGCCCGAAUACGAUUUCAUUGUGGUGGGCAGCGGCUCGGCGGGCGCGGUGCUGGCGAAUCGACUGAGCGAGCUGCGCAAGUGGAAGGUGCUGCUGCUGGAGGCGGGUCCGGACGAGAACGAGAUCUCGGAUGUGCCCUCGCUGGCGGCGUAUCUGCAGCUGAGCAAACUGGACUGGGCCUACAAGACGGAGCCGUCGACCAAAGCGUGUCUGGGCAUGCAGAACAAUCGCUGCAAUUGGCCGCGUGGACGCGUCCUGGGCGGCAGCUCCGUGCUCAACUAUAUGCUGUAUGUGCGUGGAAAUCGCCAUGACUACGACCAUUGGGCGGCGCUGGGCAACACUGGGUGGGAGUACGAGCAGGUGCUGAAGUAUUUCAAAAAGUCCGAGGACAAUCGCAAUCCGUAUCUGGCCAAGAGCCAGUACCAUGGACGUGGCGGGCUGCUGACGGUGCAGGAGUCGCCCUGGCACACGCCGCUGGUUGCUGCUUUUGUGGAGGCCGGCACGCAGCUGGGCUACGAGAAUCGGGACAUCAAUGGGGCCCAGCAGGCGGGCUUCAUGAUUGCCCAGGGCACCAUUAGGCGCGGCUCACGCUGCAGCACCGCCAAAGCCUUUCUGCGUCCCAUACGCUCGCGCCCGAACUUUCACCUCUCGAUGAAUUCGCAUGUGACGCGCAUCGUCAUCGAGCCGGGCACCAUGCGCGCCCAGGCCGUGGAGUUUGUGAAGCAUGGCAAAGUGUAUCGCAUUGCGGCCAGGCGUGAGGUGAUCCUCGCUGCGGGCGCCAUCAAUACGCCGCAGCUGAUGAUGCUCUCGGGGCUGGGGCCGCGCAAGCAGCUGGAGCAGCAUGGGAUACGCGUGCUGCAGGAUUUACCCGUGGGCGAGAAUAUGCAGGAUCAUGUGGGCAUGGGCGGACUCACGUUCCUGGUGGACAAGCCCGUGGCCAUAGUGCAGGAUCGCUUCAAUCCCACCGCCGUCACCUUUCAGUAUGUGCUGCGCGAGCGUGGACCGAUGACCACGCUGGGCGGCGUCGAGGGCUUGGCCUUUGUGCACACCCCGUACUCGAAUCGCAGCAUCGACUGGCCGGACAUUCAGUUCCACAUGGCGCCCGCCUCGAUCAACUCGGACAAUGGCGCCAGGGUGAAGAAGGUGAUGGGCCUGAAGGAGUCCGUCUACCAGGAGGUCUAUCAGCCCAUUGCCAACAAGGACAGCUGGACCAUAAUGCCGCUGCUGCUGCGUCCGCGUAGUCGCGGCACUGUGCGCCUGCGCAGCUCCAAUCCCUUUCACUAUCCGCUGAUCAAUGCCAACUACUUUGACGAUCCGCUGGACGCCAAGACGCUCGUAGAGGGCGCCAAGAUUGCGCUGCGCGUUGCCGAGGCGGAGGUGUUCAAGCAGUUUGGGUCGCGCGUCUGGCGCAAACCGCUGCCCAACUGCAAGCAGCACAAGUUCCUGUCCGACGCCUAUUUGGAGUGCCAGGUGCGCACCAUAUCGAUGACCAUUUACCAUCCAUGCGGCACUGCCAAAAUGGGACCCAGCUGGGACCCCGAGGCCGUCGUCGAUCCGCGCCUGCGCGUCUACGGCGUGCGCGGCCUGCGCGUCAUCGAUGCCAGCAUUAUGCCCACCAUAAGCAGCGGCAAUACCAAUGCGCCGGUUAUUAUGAUUGCCGAGAAGGGCGCUGAUCUCAUCAAGGAGGACUGGCUCAAGAAUCCCGCCUACAAAGUGAAGCGUCAUGAUAGCAGCAGCAGCAGCAGCAGCAGCAGCGAUAGCGACAGCGACGCCAGUGGCAGCAGCAAAAAUAUUGUGCACAUUGCUGCCAACAGCAGCAGC